AUGGUAUUAACUCUACCGUUGUUUUUUCGUCGUCAGUACUCUUCUAUAUCGAUCUUCAGCAAACCGCUAAUUUCCAGAUGCUUGCCCAUAAGGAACUCCAAUAUAAUGGCGUUCCAUAACUCCGCAACAAGAGCUUACACACAGAAAACAGUCCCUUCGAAGAUCCACGCCUAUAUAAACCGUUCCCGAAUCCUCACAAAGCUAUUUUCCUACCCUCCAGCAGCUAGAUUUCUUGAGGCUCUGCUACAAAACGGACCGUUUUCAAAUAUAACUGCCUUCUUAAUUCUUCACGAAGUAACCGCAAUUGCGCCGUUAUUCUCCAUCUGGUGGGUCUUAUAUGGAUUCACAGACUUCGACGCGUCUAUGCUUCCCUCAUAUAUCACCGAAAAGAUUAACCAGGGAUUGCCAUUUAUAGAGAAGGUAUGUGGCGAAAAGAGCGCUGAAUUGGACAAGGAGAAGCUUGUCCUUACUGGUACAUUGGCAUAUUUUAUAGUCAAAGCUUUAUAUCCAUUUAGAGUUCUCGCAAGUCUUUGGGGAGCUCCAUAUGUUGCCAGGUGGAUGAUCAGCCCAUUCCAGAAAUUACAGCGAAAAUUCAUAAAACGUGGAACAGGGGAACGUUGA